AUGCUACCUGCUGCUCGCAUCAUCGGCCGCCGCCACUUUUCUCUGCUGCAAUCAAUGCGCGCUGUUGGCCGCUCCAUGGAGUCGCAUCCCUUUGAGCGUCUGUCCAAGACACAAAAGUCGGCGCCCGCCAACUGGGCCGGCGAAGCAAAGCGCUUUGGCGUACAAAUAUCGAUGUUCGUUCCUGGUAUUGGCCUGCUGCUUGGCUGGCCAUUGCUCGCCGCCAAGGCUGUCGAUGGCCAUGUCUAA